AUACUAGGCAUUCGCAGUUGAUGGAAUUCGUCAGACUGUAGAAGACGUGUGGUGAAAAAUGUCGUAUCCAAGCACUCUGAACGCCAGACAGGCUCACAAGGAGCAUGUCCUCGCCGUUUCAAGGGAUUUCAUCUCUCAGCCGAGAUUGACUUACAAGACUGUGUCCGGUGUGAACGGUCCUUUGGUCAUCUUGGACGAUGUCAAGUUCCCGAAGUACGCUGAAAUCGUGCAACUCUGUUUGGCCGAUGGAACUCUUCGGUCGGGGCAAGUGCUCGAGGUCAGCGGUAACAAGGCCGUCGUCCAGGUGUUCGAAGGAACCUCCGGAAUCGACGCCAAGAACACGCUGUGCGAGUUCACCGGUGAUAUUCUGAGGACUCCCGUGUCUGAGGAUAUGUUGGGGAGAGUCUUCAACGGCUCCGGCAAACCCAUCGAUAAAGGUCCACCAAUUUUGGCUGAGGAUUUCUUGGACAUCCAAGGUCAACCCAUCAAUCCGUGGUCGCGUAUCUAUCCCGAGGAGAUGAUCCAAACUGGUAUCAGCGCCAUCGACGUGAUGAACUCGAUCGCUCGUGGCCAGAAGAUUCCCAUUUUCUCCGCUGCCGGUUUGCCGCACAACGAGAUCGCCGCGCAGAUCUGCAGGCAAGCCGGUCUCGUCAAGGUGCCGGGCAAAUCAGUGCUCGACGAUCACGAGGACAACUUCGCCAUCGUGUUCGCCGCGAUGGGUGUGAACAUGGAAACGGCCAGAUUCUUCAAGCAGGAUUUCGAGGAGAACGGUUCCAUGGAGAACGUGUGUCUGUUCUUGAAUCUGGCCAACGAUCCGACCAUCGAGCGUAUCAUCACGCCUCGUCUCGCGCUCACCGCCGCCGAGUUCCUGGCCUACCAGUGCGAGAAGCACGUGCUCGUCAUCCUCACCGACAUGUCCUCGUACGCGGAGGCUCUGCGCGAGGUGUCCGCCGCCCGCGAAGAGGUGCCCGGCCGUCGCGGUUUCCCCGGUUACAUGUACACCGAUCUGGCCACCAUCUACGAGCGUGCCGGUCGCGUCGAGGGCAGGAACGGCUCCAUCACCCAGAUCCCAAUUCUGACCAUGCCCAACGACGACAUCACCCAUCCCAUUCCCGAUUUGACCGGUUACAUUACCGAGGGUCAGAUCUACGUCGACCGUCAGCUCCACAACAGGCAGAUCUACCCGCCGGUCAACGUGCUGCCAUCUCUGUCGCGUCUCAUGAAGUCCGCCAUCGGCGAGGGCAUGACCAGGAAGGAUCACUCUGACGUCUCCAAUCAAUUGUACGCGUGUUACGCCAUCGGCAAGGACGUUCAAGCGAUGAAGGCCGUCGUCGGCGAGGAGGCGCUCACCCCGGACGAUCUCCUCUACCUCGAGUUCCUCACGAAGUUCGAGAAGAACUUCAUCACGCAAGGCAACUACGAGAACCGCACCGUCUUCGAGUCCCUGGACAUCGGCUGGCAACUGCUCCGCAUCUUCCCCAAGGAGAUGCUCAAGCGUAUCCCGGCUUCGACCCUGGCCGAAUUCUACCCGAGGGAUUCGCGUCACUAACUUUCUCUUUCUUUAAAACUAGAUGUUCUCUUAUCAUUUAUUAUUAUAAUAAUAAUUUUUUUUUUGUUUAUUUUAGAUUCCCCACAAAGUAAGUUGUAAAUGUAUCUGUAAGUAAUGUAAUUACUCAACAACAACAAAAAAAUUUGUUUGAAUUUUCGUGCAAUUUUAUUCGCAAUUUAUUUUGUACAAAAAAAAAAUAUGGGUUUCAUUGUAAAUUGUGCACACACACACUACACAACAACAACAAAUGUUAAGUACACGCGACAACAGAAAUGCUCCACUUUUCUGUCGUUGAAAUGCGAAUUAAGAAAGAAUCAAGGGAAUGCUGUACAUUAAAUUAAUAUAAAUAUUCUCUUAUAGUUAUAUCUUUUCUUUACGCAUAGUUACGAAAACAAACAAACAAAAAAACAAAA